AUGACCUUCAAUGACCUCCUGCAGCAGGUGGGGGGUGUGGGCCGCUUCCAGCGGAUCCAGGUCACUCUGACCGUCCUCCCCAUGCUCCUGUUAUUUUUGCAAGCUGCUCUGCAGAAUUUUACCGCGGCCACCCCCACCCACCACUGCCGCCCACCUGCCGACGCCAACCUCAGCAAGGAUGGGGGGCUGGAGGCCUGGCUGCCCCGGGACAGGCGGGGGCAGCCUGAGUCCUGCCUUCGCUUCACCUCCCCACAGUGGGGACCACUCUCUGCCAACGGCACAGAGGCCAACGUCACAGGGGCCACAGAGCCCUGCACCGAUGGCUGGAUCUACGACAACAGCACCUUCCCUUCCACCAUCGUGACUGAGUGGGACCUGGUGUGCACACACAAGUCCUUGCCCCAGCUGAGUCAGUCCUUAUACAUAGCAGGGUUGCUGGUCGGAAGCUUGGUUUUUGGGACCUUGGCAGACAGGCUGGGCCGCCGGAAAGUGCUGAUCUGGGUCUACCUGCAGUUAGCGGUGUCAGGUUCCUGCGCUGCCUUCACACCCAACUUCCCAGCCUACUGUGCUUGCCGCUUCCUCUCGGGCAUGGCUAUGAAUGGCAUCAACUGCAACGCUGUAACACUGAGUCUAGAGUGGCUUCCUAUCCAUGCCCGAGCAGGUCUGGGCCUCCUAAUUGGAUUCAUCUUAAGCGUGAGCCAGUUCCUCCUGGCUGGUAUGGCUUAUGCCAUGCCCCAGUGGCGCCUCCUGCAGCUGCUGGUCUCUGUGCCCUCCUUUGUCUUCUUCAUCUACUCCAGGUUCUUCAUUGAGUCUGCGCUCUGGUCCUCCUGCAAGGGGAGACUGGACCUCACCCUGAAGUCCCUGAAGAGAGUGGCCAAGAUCAAUGGGAAGCAGGAAGAGGCAGCCAAGCUGAGUAUGGAAGUACUCCAGGCCAACCUGCAGGAGGAGCUGACCAUGAACCAAGCCCAGCCCUCAAUGUUGCAGCUGCUGCGCUGCCCUGCCAUUCGCCACCUUUCUCUCUGCCUCUUCCUACUGUGGUCCACAAGCUCCUUCAGCUUCUAUGGUGUAAUCAUGAGUCUGCAAGCUUUAGGAAUGAAUAUCUACCUGAUGCAGAUACUCUUUGCAGCUGUCGACCUGCCACUGUAUUUCCUGAGCUUUCUGUCUGCCAAAUCACUGGGCCGCAGGCUUACCCAAAUGGGCUUAAUGCUGCUCUCGGGAAUCUGCGUUCUGGCCUGUGCAAUGGUACCCCUGGAUCUGUUAUUCCUUCGCAUCACAAUGGCCAUGUUAGGAAAAGGCUGCAUUUCUUCCUCCAUGAACUACAUUGCUAUAUACACAGGGGAGCUGUACCCCACAGUAAUGCGGCAGAGGGGUCUAAACAUCAUGACAACCUUGGCCAGCUUAGGAGGCACCCUGAGUCCGCUGGUGGCCAUGACAGCCGAAGUCUACCCUUCCCUUCCUCUCUUUAUCUACGGCGCAGCACCUGUGGCUGCCAGCAGCAUCACUGUUCUCCUGCCAGAGACCAUGGGCCAGCCACUGCCCAACACAGUGCAGGACGUGGAGAACAGGUGGAAAGAAAAAGUGAGGCAGAAGCAGCAAAAGCAGCAAAUGGUCCCUCAGACCUCAGCACAAGAGAAGGACGGAUUCUGA